UUUUCAUUUAUUCAUUUACAGGUUGUCCUUGGGAUGCUUGAAGCAAGUACUUGUUCCGUAAAGUUGUUCAAAAGAAAACAAAAGUUAAAAGCCUGGAGAGGUCUUGCGAACUGUCUCCAGAUAGCCAGUGCAGGUACCAUUCAACGCACUAAAGCUUCCUUCGCAAGGGACGUUCUGCGCUUCAUCCACCGGAAUGGUUACCUUAUCGUGCCACCAUCGAAUCCACCGACAACUCAACAAAUGAAUAUACCGGCUUUAUCAAAGAAUCUUGGAAGGAACAGGAGAGACUUCCACUCCUCCGUCAAGCAGCGUAGUUCCGAUAUAUGUCCAUUCAACAUGUCAGUUGUUGAUUUUGUUAACACCGUUCCGAGGUUUCUGAGCAAAGCCACUUGUGACGGUUGUGAUGCCCGCUGUAAGCCCGUGAUGUACACUCAUCAGGUGUUAUUUAACAGAUGCGGGAACUACUGGAUGUGGACGCAAAAGACGUUAGAAGUCGCCUUUGUCUGGAAGAUGGAGGAUUAA